AUGGGAGGAGAUAAACGUAGUCACACCAUCUCCUCCCUUUUCCUCUUCUUUUUCCUCCUUUCCAUACCUUAUCCUACAAUUGCCAGAAAGAGUAGUGUAUCAGACAAUUCAUCAUCUUCUCAACAUGUGGUGAAAUACUCUCCCGUCGACAAUUACCUGAUCGAUUGCGGCUCCCCGGAAGCCACCGUCUUCAGCGAUGGCCGGUCCUUCCGUUCAGACGCUCAAUCGGCUUCUCUCCUUUCCACCUCUGAAAAUAUACAAGCAUCCGUUACAUCCCUUUCCAAUUCCACCACCUCCAAUGUCUCCUCUUCUCUUCUCUCUUCAUUGCCUCUCUAUAAGACGGCAAGGAUCUUCGGCGACGAAUCCACCUACACCUUCUUCAUCUCUCGCACCGGCCGACAUUGGAUCCGUCUCUAUUUCUUCCCUCUUCCUCACUCAUUAUACAAUCUCACAACUGCCACCUUCUCUGUCAUCACCGAUUCCAAUGUCCUCCUCCAUGAUUUCUCUCUCCCAAACAAUUCUUAUGUUCUCAAGGAAUACCUCAUCAACGUCACCUCCAAUAGAUUUUCCCUCAAAUUCCAGCCCCAAUCGAAAUCCAUAGCCUUCAUUAAUGCCAUCGAAGUCGUAUCCGCUCCCGACACGCUCAUCACCGACACAGCCACCACCGUCUCCCCUGCCGGAAGCUUCAACGGCUUAAACAAUUAUGCCCUAGAGGUUUCUUACCGUUUGAAUGUAGGCGGACCACCUUUAACACCCUAUAACGAUACCUUAGGGAGGACAUGGGAGCCUGACUCGUCUUUCAUAAAGUCCCCCAUAUUGGCCCAGAACGUAUCGGUUUCUCCCAAAACCGUCGAGUACCCGUCCACCGGUGCUAGCCCUUUCAUUGCACCCAAUUUGGUGUAUUCGACGGCGAACGAGAUGGCGAUGGCGAAUGUCACAGAGCCAAAUUUCAACAUCACGUGGGAAUUGAAGGUCGACUCGACCUUCUCCUACUUGAUCAGACUCCACUUCUGCGACAUUGUCAGUAAGGACCUCAAUGAUCUCUACUUCAACGUCUACGUUAAUGGGAUGACGGGCGUGGCAAGCCUCGACCUCUCCACCCUCGCCGGGAGCCUCCGCACCGCUUAUUAUCAAGAUUUCGUGGUCAACACCACCCAGAUCGUUGAUGGCAAAAUAAUGGUGGAAGUGGGUCCGGCUUCCAAUACCGCUGGAUCGGGAACGCCCAAUGCCAUUCUCAACGGCCUCGAGGUCAUGAAGAUGAGCAACGAAGCCAGCAGCUUGGAUGGCUUGUACACCCCCGAUGGGUCCUAUAUGGGGUCCACGUUCACCAAGCUUAAGAUAGCCGCAGCAAUUGGACUCGCCAUGGGUGUGAUGGCCAUGUUGAUGCUGGCCACGGUAUUCGUUAGAUGGCAGAAGCGACCUCCGGAUUGGGAGAGGCGAAAGAGCUUCUCAUCAUGGCUACUCCCUAUCCACGCCACUGGUCAUUCAAGUUUCAUGUCCAGUAAGAGCUGGUCACGUGGAGGGUUAGGGUCAAAGAGUAAGAACAAAAACGGAAGCAAAAACGGCAACUCGGGCCUUUACUCCUCCGCACUCGGACUCGGCCGAUCCUUCACCUUCGCAGAGUUAAAAGAAGCGACUCGUAACUUUGACGAAAAGGCAGUCAUUGGUGUUGGUGGGUUUGGUAAAGUGUACCUCGGCGAGAUCGGCGAAGAUGAAACCAAGCUUGCCAUUAAACGUGGGAACCCGAGUUCGGAACAGGGCAUUACCGAGUUCCAAACCGAGAUUCAAAUGCUCUCCAAGCUUCGUCACCGUCACCUUGUUUCGCUUAUCGGGUACUGCGACGAGAAUUCGGAGAUGAUACUUGUGUAUGAGCACAUGGCCAAUGGUCCACUACGUGAUCAUCUCUACGGCUCUAAUUUAACCCCAUUAUCAUGGAAACAAAGACUCGAGAUCUGCAUCGGUGCUGCGCGAGGGCUACAUUAUCUCCAUACAGGCGCGGCGCAGGGAAUCAUCCACCGUGACGUCAAGACUACUAACAUUCUCCUGGAUGAGAAUUUCGUCGCUAAAGUUUCUGAUUUUGGGCUGUCCAAGACAGGACCAACGGCUCUCCAGACCCACGUCAGCACCGCCGUGAAGGGCAGUUUUGGGUACCUAGAUCCCGAGUACUUCCGGCGGCAACAGCUAACGGAGAAGUCUGAUGUGUACUCUUUUGGGGUUGUGCUCUUUGAGGUUUUGUGUGCGAGGCCGGCCAUUAAUCCAGCACUGCCAAGGGAGCAGGUGAACUUGGCGGAAUGGGCGAUGCAGUGGCACAGGAAGGGAUUGCUUGAGAAGAUUAUUGAUUCUCAUCUACAGGGAACUAUAAGCUCAGGGUCGCUGAAGAAGUAUGUGGAAGCUGCGGAGAAGUGUUUGGCUGAGUAUGGUGUGGAUAGGCCAUCCAUGGGAGAUGUUCUUUGGAACUUGGAAUAUGCUUUGCAGCUACAAGAAGUGUCGACGAAGAUUGAUCCUCCGGAAGAUAAUAGUGAUCUCAUUACUUUGCAGCUACGAAGGGAGAAGGACCAGAACGAUGACCAUGCUUCGACGACACCGGCUACUGUUGCCGUUAAUGAUGAUUCGGGGAUAGUUAAUUCUACAUUGUUUUCUCAGAUUGGAGGGUUUCAAGGAAGGUAAGAGUGGAAUUCAGAUCUGGUGGGGGUUCUCUCUCCUGUGUCUUGGGAGAGUAGAGUGAUAGGAGAUUGUGGGAGCAAGAAAUGGCAAUUGAUUUGAUUGUUUGUUUAAUUAGAACAUCUAGCAUGUAUAUGAUGAGUCUAUGUAGGAUUUCAGUUUAUACUCUACAGUUCCAAA